UGAAUUAUCGAUCAUACCAGAGUUUAUCUACACUUCUAGAUCUAACUUGUUUUCGCUUGAGCUAUGUGAAAUACAAGAAAUGGUGAUUUGUUUGCUAUUCGUUUCAGCUGCUCUGCUAAGCAGCUAUAGCAUUAACCUAGUUUCAGGCCUACCUGAUGGUGCUCCAACAAAUUUAGAUUUAUAUCCAAGUGUGUGCAGUGACUUGACUCCACAACAUCUCGAGAAUGUAGCACAGCCGUGCCUACCUGCUUCUUGUGAAUUCAGCCUGAUUGUUGAUUCCAUUGAUAGUGGCCAGGUGCUAGCAGGACAAGAAAACUUCUACAGAUGUGGAGCUGUGCACAGACUUUGCCUGAGAGCAAGUGCUGGGGCUCAGUUCAGAGGAUUUGUUGUCCAGCCUCGGGAGUCCACUACUGAGUUCUCAGUGUCUCCUGAGCAAAUCAGUGUUGGAGAGUUUAUCAAUCUGCCUACUUCCACUGUUCAACAGUGGGACUGUCCUAUUGCAGGAGUGACACACACGGAUAGAUCCGAUAAAACUGAAGUGUGCUUCGACUGGGUUGCUCCACCAACACCUAUUGGUGUCACUUUUUGGUUCUCUGUCACGAGAGUGUUUUCUAUAUUCCAUACUCAACUGCGAGGACUAGAUCUGUCUCCUAGUCCAGAUUUCUGUCCUCCACAACUUCUUGAUCCUGUCAUCCUCAAUGGCUGCUAUGUCAGUGCUACCUGUGCUGGUGAGACUGUUGCACUGCGAGAUAUUGGAACAGAGGAGAUUGAAACUAGAGAGUGCUGUGUCAAUACCCCAGCACUGUCGUAUAGUCUCUCUGGACAAUGUGUACAGUGUGUCGUUUAUGGUUUUCUGGAGGAUCUCUUUGAAGCACCAGAAAGAACUCAGCUUUACAAUAUACAAAUUGGAUACAGAAAGGAAGGGGGUGGCACAUCUGCAUUAAUUAGAGGACGUAUCACUGAAGUUGGAGGGACUGCAACCCCUCAAAGUGACUACCGGUUACUCAGAAACACUUACAUUGCACGAGUUGGUGCUCCUGCAGUCAUCUCCAUUUCUCUCAAUUUUGACAAUAUUGCUCAAGAAUCUGAUGAAACUUUUGGGCUGGAGCUUCAGCCUAUUGGAGCGUCUCCACCUGGCUUUUUUGUGAACACUAUCACUGUUGCCAUUCAAGAUCGAACUGUUGUCACGUUCGAGCUGAAUGAGAAUGACUACAGUGGUGCGGAAGAUGAUGGUUUCAUCGUUGCAACAAUUAACAAGAACGUUCGCCUGGCCAAUCCUGUGACUCUGUUGCUGACACCGUAUAGUAUCUCAGUGGCAAUUGAAUCCCGGCAACCUUUACCAGAUGAUAUCCCAACCGAAGACAAUCUAUUGCAAAACUAUGCAAGAUCUGUCCCUGAAGAUCGUCGCGACUUUUCACCAGAUGUUGUUCCUGUAAUAUUCGAAGCUGAUGAGAGUGGAAGUCAGAAAAACGAUAUUCUAGUUCCUGUGCGUGUCUUUGAUGAUAUCUUUGAUGAAGCUGAUGAGGAAGUUUUUAUCAUUGUUCUGACAGUCGAUAACAACAGUCUUGUAGCUGACACCAACACUGCUCGGCUACAGAGGCAAACAUCCCUUUGUAUUAUACAGGAUAAUGAUGAUAUUCGUAUUGGGUUCCUAAAUGCAUCUUACACCUUCAUUGAGCCUCAAAAGACAAAGAACGUCACUGUUACCCUUGAAAAGCAAGAUGGACGCAUAUCAGAACAGACCUUCCUGGUUACUAUUGAAGCCAGCUCUAACACACCAAAUGCCAGUAUUUCACCAGCCACGAUAUCUACAUUGAAUGGAGAUGGAAGUGUUAGUAACAAUGACUACUCUAUAUCAGCUCAAGGGGAGAAUACUGUCCUGCUAGUAUUUGGUCCGGACGAUCAGACGGUAGACUUUGAAUUUACACUCUAUCCAGACAAUAUCACAGAGAGCCUGGAGGCGUUUCAAGUUCGUAGGAUCCGUACUGACUUUUCUGGUCCACCUUUUCUACCCCCUACAUCUGGUGCUCUGUUUUCAUCUAGCUUCAUUCUCAUCGCUGAAUUGUUCAUUGUUAACCAGCCAAGAAGUAGUGGAGUGGCCACUGGUGGAACCUCCACGUUUUCUGUUGUGGCCUCUGGGACAGAUCUGAGCUACCAGUGGUUUGGUCCUAAUGGUGAAGCUCUCACGGACAGUGAAGGAGAUAUUGAGGGAUCCACUACAGCUACCUUGCGGAUUGUCAGUGCUCAAUCAGAUGAUGUUGGAAACUACCGUGUUCAAGUGUUCGCUACUGGCGGAUACAUAUUUUCAAAUGAAGCAACUUUGACAAUUGUCUCUCCACCUGAAAUUACAAGGCAACCAAGCAAUGUUGAAGUUGCUGCUGGUUCAACUGCCACAUUUAUUGUGGAGGCUUCUGGUGAAGGACUGAGCUACCAGUGGUAUGGCCUCGACGGAGAAGCUCUGACCGACAACACCGGUGAGAUUGAGGGAUCUAUUACAGACACAUUGCGGAUCGUUGAUGCUCAGUCUGGUGAUGCUGGAAACUACGGAGUUAGUGUAUCCAAUGUUGCUGGAUUAGUGGAUUCUGAGGAGGUCACGCUAACCAUAGUUGAUCCACCCGUAAUUACAAGACAGCCAAACGAUGUUGAAGCUGCUGCAGGUUCAACUGCCACAUUUACGGUGGAGGCAUUUGGUGAAGGACUGACCUACCAAUGGUUUGGUCCUGACGGAGAGUCUCUCACAGACAGUGAUGGAAGGAUUGAAGGAUCCACUGCAGCUACAUUGCAGAUAGUUGCUGCUCAAUCUGGUGAUGCUGGAAACUACACAGUUCUUGUAUCCAAUAUUGGUGGGUCAGUGGAUUCUGAGGAGGCCACGCUAACUAUAGUCACUGAACCAGUAAUUACAAGACAGCCAAUCAGUGUUAGAGUUACUAUUGGUGCCAAUGCCACAUUCACCGUGGAAGCCUCUGGUGCAGGACUGACCUACCAAUGGUUUGGUGCCAAUGGAGGGGCUCUCACAGACAGUAAUGGAAGGAUUGAGGGAUCCACUACAACUACUUUGCAGAUCGUUUUUGCUCAGUCUGGUGAUGCUGGAAACUACAGUGUCCGUGCGUCCAAUCUUGGUGGAUCAGUAGAUUCUGAAGAGGCCAUAUUAUACAUUGCUGCAGCUACUCAACCACCAGUCAUUACAAGUCAGCCUAGUGAUAUAGAAGUUGGAGUUGGUGGAAAUGCUACAUUCACCGUGAAAGCCUCUGGUGAAGGAUUGAGCUACCAGUGGUUUGGUCCUGGCGGGAACGCUCUCACUGAUGUCGACGGAAACAUCGAAGGAUCCAAUUCAUCCACCCUGCAAAUUAUCAAUGUUGAGUCUGGCGAUGCUGGAGAUUACACGGUCGUUGUGACCAACAGUACGGGAUCAGUCGUCUCUGAUGCUGCAACUCUGUCUAUUGCUCAACCUACCCAAGGUCCCACACUUACUCCUCUGAUCCUGAACUGCAGUGCCGAGUUCCUCGCUGAGUCUCAGCAAGUGAGUGUGAGCUGCACGUCAAGUAGGGACCUCGACGGCUUAGACUUUGAGUGCAGCUUCAAUGAUCAAUCAGUAACAGAAGGAUGUGGACAAUUCAUGUUCUUUGUGUCUAUCACUGGAGCUUCAGGAAGCCAGACCAUUGUCAUCAGUGCAACCGAUCCAGCGGAUGGAGCUGGUUUCACGUCAACCAUUACAAUCACAACCACAGCCCCUGAAAUUGAGACCCAACCAGAAAGUGUGGGUGUCGAGCAAGGCGGAAGUGCCUCAUUCACCGUGGAGGCCUCUGGUGCAGGACUGACCUACCUGUGGUUUGGUCCUGACGGAGUGGCUCUGACUGACAGUGACGGAGAGAUUGAGGGGUCCACUUCAGGAACGUUGACAGUUUUCAACGCUGAGCCUGACGAUGCGGGAAACUACACGGUCGUUGUGACCAACAGUGCGGGAUCAGUCACCUCUGAUGCUGCAAGUCUGUCUAUUGGUCCUGCAAUUGACGUACAACCGAGCGAUGUGAAUGCGGAAGCGGGUGGAACUGCAACAUUCAUCGUGGAAGCCUCUGGUGAAGGACUGUUGAGCUACCAGUGGUUUGGUCCUGGCGGGGACGCUCUCACUGACGUUGACGGAGACAUCGAAGGAUCCAAUUCAUCCACCCUGCAAAUCAUUAAUGUUGAGUCUGGCGAUGUUGGAGACUACACAGUCGUUGUGACCAACAGUGCGGGAUCAGUCAUCUCUGAUGCUGCAACCCUGUCUAUCGUUUCAGGCGAAGCCCCCGUGAUUGGGACCCAACCAGAGAAUGUGGACGUUGAGCGGGGUGGGAAUGCCACGCUCAGUGUGGUGGCAACCGGAGAGGGACUGAGCUACCAGUGGUUUGGUCCUGAUGGAGAGAUCGAAGGAGCCACCGCAUCCACUUUACGGAUUACCAAUGCUGGACCAGAUGACGCUGGCGACUAUAGAGUGCGAAUUACAACUGUCAAUGGAGGAAUUGUCGAUUCUGACACUGUCUCACUUUCCGUCGGUGAGUUCAUCUGA